AGCAGGUGUGGACGCGGCUGAGGGUCAGAGGCGAAAGGCCGGGGUGUCGGGUCCCGCCGCAGUGGCCCUUUUCCCCACCGCUUUCCGCAGCGGCUUGGGUUUAAUUCAUUGCUGGAAGCUUCUGAGCCAGCGGAGCCGAGUUAACUCAUUUCCCCGGGACGGGCUUCGGGGACCCUCUGCAGGGUUACUAGCAGCUCCCGCAGCCGCUCCCUGCAUCCAUCGGAAGGCGUGAUACGGUGUCUGGCUGCAGAAAUUAGCCAGUGACCUUCCCCCGCCCCUUCUCGACAGCCAGCCCUGCGGAAGAGACGCAUUUUGGCGACAUUUGGGUUUCUUCGGAAUUAUGAGCAGUGAGUGCCUGGGCACGGGCGUGCAUUCAUUAAGCGCCUUUCGUGUCAAUGCCAAGUGAGUAUAACUGUGUGAAACAGAGAAGUGAUUGCACAAGGCCUCCCCUGCAAUGGUACAACCAAGCUCAAAACAAGAUGAGAAGACCCAGCUUGUUAAAAAAGAUCCUCAAGUUUCUAUUGUUUAUGUUUGGAGUGUGGAUCUUUUAUACCCUCAAGUUAAACUAUACUGCUGAAGAAUGUGAUAUGAAAAAAAUGCAUUAUGUGGACCCUGACCGCGUAAAGAGAGCUCAGAAGUAUACUCAGCAAGUCUUGCAAAAGGAAUGCCGGCCCAAGUUUGCGGAGACGUCAAUGGCAGUGUUAUUUAAGCACAGGUAUAGCACGGACUUACCGCCUUUUGUGCAGAAGGCCCCCAAAGCAAGUGAAGCCGAGGACAAGUAUGAUCCUCCUUUUGGAUUCCGGAAGUUCUCCAGUAAAGUCCAGACCCUUUUGGAACUGUUGCCUGAGCAUGACUUUCCUGAACACUUGAAAGCCAAGAGCUGUAGGCGUUGUGUGGUUGUGGGAAGUGGUGGAAUACUGCACGGACUACAACUGGGCCACUCCCUGAACCAGUUCGACGUUAUAAUAAGGUUAAAUAAUGCACCUGUUGAGGGAUAUUCGGAGCAUGUUGGAAAUAAAACGACUAUAAGGAUGACUUACCCAGAGGGUGCACCACUGUCUGACCUUGAAUAUUAUUCCAAUGACUUGUUUGUUGCUGUAUUAUUUAAAAGUGUUGACUUCAACUGGCUUCAAGCAAUGGUAAAAAAUGAAACCCUGCCAUUUUGGGUGAGACUCUUCUUUUGGAAGCAGGUGGCAGAAAAGAUCCCACUACAGCCAAAACAUUUCAGGAUUUUGAAUCCAGUUAUUAUCAAAGAGACUGCCUUUGACAUCCUUCAGUACUCAGAGCCGCAGUCAAGGUUCUGGGGCCGAGAUAAGAAUGUCCCCACCAUUGGCGUCAUUGCUGUGGUCUUAGCCACACAUCUGUGUGAUGAAGUCAGCUUGGUGGGUUUUGGAUAUAAUCUCAGCCAACGCAGAACACCCUUGCACUACUUUGACAAUCAGUGUAUGGCUGCCAUGAACUUGCAGACCAUGCACAAUGUGACAACGGAGACCGAGUUCCUCCUAAAGCUGGUCAGAGAGGGACUGGUGACGGAUCUCAGCGGAGGCAUCUACUGGGAAUUUUGAACACGGAAAACCUCACUUGGAAAUGCAACUCUGACCCUGAGGGCUGUUGUUAAUAGCCUUCUUGAUGCAUUUCAUCCUGCAAAUACUUUGAAGUGCAGCUGGUAUUUUUAACUUUUAAUUUAAAAACAAAAAUUGUUUAGUUCUUCCCACCUUUUUUCCCUAUUUAUUCGAAGUCAGUGUUUGUUUUUGCACAGUAUUUUGUAAGUUAAUUUUAAGAAUUGAAUUGGAAAGACUUCUCAAAGAGAAUUGUACGUAAUGAUGUUUUAUUGAAUUUUAAGAAAGUAAUUUAAUUUGUAAAAACUCUGUCCAUGUAUACUGCAUACCGAAUACGAGGUAAGCAAUUGGAAGGAGAGGAGAGGUCACUCCUUUGAUGACAGCCCUGAACGCCUGAUUCUGGUCCCCUGUCUGGUGGGACUGGUGGAGGAAGCACUUCCGGGAUGACAUGCUUGGUAGCUAAGCUGCUGAUACUGGGUCAGCAGCACGGCCCCUGGGGCCUGGGCAGGUCGGAGAAGUUCACGCCCUCUCUGGCGGGUCUGCCCUCUGCAGGGACUCUCGCAGGAAUCAACCAAGGGAGCUGUCCUGGAGGUCCCUGGUUGGGGUGGGACACAGGAGACAUUCUGUGUCCUCUGACUACUUACUGUGAAGCUACCCUGGGCUGCAGAAGCCACAGUCUUCCCAGCAAUUAUGGCAACUCUUGAAUUUCAGGAGAAUUUUUUUACUGCUCUUCCAAAGCACUUAAGCGUUAUCGAACGGCUCCAGUGUCUGAGGUGGCUUAUAAAAAUUAGGACAAAACCUCUAUGAUCCAGAGUCACCGGGGAACAUACCCUUUCCGGGAAUAAUCUGAAACACUGAAAUGAAAUGCUCCCAGUGUUAUAAAUUGCCUAUUAAAAAAAAAAGUUUUGAUUGCCAUCCUGGCAGUGUGAACUAGGCGGCGACGUGCUGGUUGAAAAGAAAAAAUAAGUAAAUAAAAGCAUUUGAGGAGCUCUCAUAGUCUA